UGUCUGCAGCUAGACAACUAUAUCCAGGAGAACAUCAAGAUGGAGAUGGUGCAUAUCCAAGACCAUGCAGUCCACAACCAGACAGCUACCAUGCUGGAGAUCGGAACCAACCUGUUGACUCAGACUGCAGAACAGACCCGCAAGUUAAACAUUGUCGAGGCUAAGGUAAUGGCUACAUCUGAGUUAUAUGUUAUCAUAAUCUCAAAGAUGCUUCUUAAAUUAGAUGUUCCAUAAAACUAAUUAACAACAAGGAUAUUCAUGAAGCAAAAAAUUAUACUCUACAAAAAUACAGUUGAAGUCGGAAGUUCACAUACACCUUAGCCAAAUACAUUCAAACUCAGUUUUUCACAAUUCCUGACAUUUAAUCCUAAUAAAAAGUCCCUGUUUUAGGUCAGUUAGGAUCAUCACUUUAUUUUAAGAAUAUGAAAUGUCAGAAUAAUAGUAGAGAGAAAGAUUUAUUUAUUUAUUUCAUCACAUUCCCAGUGGGUCAGAAGUUUACAUACACUCAAUUAGUAUUUGGUAGCAUUGCCUUUAAAAAAUUUUACUUGGGUCAAACGUUUCGGGUAUCCUUCCACAAGCUUCCCACAAUAAGUUGGAUGAAUUCAGUUCUGCCCACAAAUGUUCUAUAGGAUUGAGGUCAGGGCUUUGUGAUGGCCACUCCAAUACCUUGACUUUGUUGUCCUUAAGCCAUUUUGCCACAACUUUGGAAGUAUGCUUGUGGUCAUUGUCCAUUUGGAAGACCCAUUUGCGACCAAGCUUUAACUUCCUGACGGAUGUCUUGAGAUGUUGCUUUAAUAUAUCCACAUAAUUUUCCUUCCUCAUGAUGCCAUCUAUUUUGUGAAAUGCACCAGUCCCUCUUGCAGCAAAGCACCCCCACAGCAUGAUGCUGCCACCCCAGUGCUUCACGGUUGGGAUGGUGUUCUUCGGCUUGCAAGCAACCCCCUUUUUCCUCCAAACAUAACGAUGGUCAUUAUGGCCAAACAGUUCUAUUUUUGUUUCAUCAGACCAGAGGACAUUUCUCCAAAAAGUACGAUCUUUGUCCCCAUGUGCAGUUGCAAACCGUAGUCUGUCUUUUUUAUGGAAGUUUUGGAGCAGUGGCUUCUGCCUUGCUGAGCGGCGUUUCAGGUUAUUUAUUUAUUUAAAAUAUUUAUUUCACCUUUAUUUAACCAGGUAAGCCAGUUGAGAACAAGUUCUCAUUUACAACUGCGACCUGGCCAAGAUAAAGCAAAGCAGUGCGAUAAAAACAACAACACAGAGUUACAUAUGGGGUAAAACAAAACAUAAAGUCAAAAAUACAACAGAAAAUAUAUAUACAGUGUGUGCAAAUGUAGCAAGUUAUGUAGGUAAGGCAAUAAAUAGGCCAUAGUGCAAAAUUAUUACAAUUACUAUUAACACUGGAAUGAUAGAUGUGCAAGAGAUGAUAUGCAAAUAGAGAUACUGGGGUGCAAAUGAGCAAAAUAAAUAACAAUAUGGGGAUGAGGUAGUUGGGUGGGCUAAUUUCAGAUGGGCUGUGUACAGGUGCAGUGAUCGGUAAGGUGCUCUGACAACUGAUGCUUAAAUUUAGUGAGGGAGAUAAGAUUCUCCAGCUUCAGAGAUUUUUGCAGUUCGUUCCAGUCAUUGGCAGCAGAGAACUGGAAGGAAUGGCGGCCAAAGGAGGUGUUGGCUUUGGGGAUGACCAGUGAGAUAUACCUGCUGGAGCGCAUACUAUGGGUGGGUGUUGCUAUGGUGACCAAUGAGCUACGAUAAGGUGGGGAUUUGCCUAGCAGUGAUUUAUAGAUGGCCUGGAGCCAGUGGGUUUGGUGACAAAUAUGUAGUGAAGAUCCGCCAACAAAAGCGUACAGGUCACAGUGGUGGGUAGUAUAUGGGGCUUUGGUGACAAAACGGAUGGCACUGUGAUAGACUACAUCCAAUUUGCUGAGUAGAGUGUUGGAGGCUAUUUUGUAAAUGACAUCGCUGAAGUCAAGGAUCGGUAGGAUAGUCAGUUUUACGAGGGCAUGUUUGGCAGCAUGAGUGAAGGAGGCUUUGUUGCGAAAUAGGAAUCUGAUUCUAGAUUGGAGAUGCUUAAUGUGAGUCUGGAAGGAGAGUUUACAGUCUAACCAGACACCUAGGUAUUUGUAGUUGUCCACAUACUCUAGGUCAGAUCCGUAGAGAGUAGUGAUUCUAGUCGGGUGGGCGGGUGCCAGCAGCAUUCGAUUGAAGAGCAUGCGUUUAGUUUUACUUGUGUUUAAGAGCAGUUGGAGGCUAUGGAAGGAGUGUUGUAUGGCAUUGAAGCUCGUUUGGAGGUUUGUUAACACAGUGUCCAAUGAAGGGCCAGAUGUAUACAAAAUGGUAUCGUCUGCGUAGAGGUGGAUAUGAGAAUCACCAGCAGCAAGAGCGACAUCAUUGAUAUACACAGAGAAAAGAGUUGGCCCAAGAAUUGAACCCUGUGGCACCCCCAUAGAGACUGCCAUAGGUCCAGACAACAGGCCCUCCGAUUUGACACAUUGAAUUCUAUCUGAGAAGUAGUUGGUGAACCAGGCGAGGCAGUCAUUUGAGAAACCAAGGCUAUUUAGCCUGCCAAUAAGAAUGCGGUGGUUGACAGAGUCGAAAGCCUUGGCCAGGUCGAUGGAGACGGCUGCACAGUACUGUCUAUUAUCGAUCGCGGUUAUAAUAUCGUUAAGGACCUAGAGCGUGGUUGAGGUGCACCCAUGACCAGCUCGGAAACCAGAUUGCAUAGCAGAGAAGGUACGGUGUGUUUCGAAAUAGUCGGUGAUCUGUUUAUUAACUUGGCUUUCAAAAACUUUUGAAAGGUAGGGCAGGAUGGAUAUAGGUCUGUAACAGUUUGGAUCUAGAGUGUCACCCCCUUUGAAGAGGGGGAUGACCACGGCAGCUUUCCAAUCUCUGGGGAUCUAAGACGUUACGAGAGAGAGGUUGAUCAGGCUAGUAAUAGGGGUUGCGACAAUUUCGGCGGCUAAUUUUAGAAAGAAAGGGUCCAGAUUGUCUAGCCCAGAUGAUUUGUAGGGGUCCAGAUUUAGCAGCUCUUUCAGAACAUCAGCUGUCUGAAUUUGUGUGAAGGAAAAGCGGGGGCAUGGGCAAGUUGCAGCGGAGGGUGCAGAUGGUGGCCGGGGUAGUGGUAGCCAGGUGGAAAGCAUGACCAGCCGUAGCAAAAUGCUUGUGAAAUUCUCGAUUCUUGUAGAUUUAUCGGUGGUGAUAGUGUUUCCUAGCCUCAGUGCAGUGGGCAGCUGGGAGGAGGUGCUCUUAUUCUCCAUGGACUUUACAGUGUCCCAAAACUUUUUGGAGUUAGUGCUACAGGAUGCAAAUUUCUGUUUGAAAAAGCUAGCCUUUGCUUUCCUAACUGCUUGUGUAUAUUGGUUCCUAACUUCCCUGAAAAGUUGCAUAUCGCUGGGGCUAUUCGAUGCUAAUCCAGUACGCCACAGGAUGUUUUUGUGCUGGUCAAGGGCAGUCAAGUCUGAGGAGAACCAGGGGCUAUAUCUGUUCUUAUGUCGAUAUAGGACUUGUUUGACAGUGGAUAUAGAUACUUUUGUACCUGUUUCCUCCAGCAUCUUUACAAGGUCCUUUGCUGUUGUUCUGGGAUUGAUUUGCACUUUUCGCACCAAACUGCGUUCAUCUCUAGGAGACAGAACGCGUCUCUUUCCUGAGCGGUAUGACGGCUGCGUGGUCCCAUGGUGUUUAUACUUGCGUACUAUUGUUUGUACAGAUGAACGUGGUACCUUCAGGCUUUUGGAAAUUGCUCCCAAGGAUGAACCAGACUUGUGGAGGUCUACAAAAUAUUUUUCUGAGGUCUUGGCUGAUUUCUUUUGAUUUUCCCAUGAUGUCAAGCAAAGAGGCACUGAGUUUGAAGGUAGGCCUUGAAAUACAUCCACAGGUACACCUCCAAUUGACUCAAAUGAUGUCAAUUAGCCUAUCAGAAUCUUCUAAAGCCAUGACAUCAUUUUCUGGAAUUUUCCAAGCUGUUUAAAGGCACAGUCAACUUAGUGUAUGUAAACUUCUGACCCACUGGAAUUGUGAUACAGUGAAUUAUAAGUGAAAUAAUCUGUCUGUAAACAAUUGUUGGAAAAUUACUUGUGUCAUGCACAAAGUACAUGUCCUAACCGACUUGCCAAAACUAUAGUUUGUUAACAAGAAAUUUGUGGAGUGGUUCAAAAACGGGUUUUAAUGACUCCAACCUAAGUGUAUGUAAACUUCCGACUUCAACUGUAUAUCCUAAGAGAAGUUAAGUUGCUAAUAGACGUCAAUAUUUGUCUUGAAUGUUUGCUGUUUGGUUCAAAUUAUAUACACUGAACAAAAAUAUAAAUGCAACAUGUAAAGUGUUGGUCCCAUGUUUCAUGAGCUGAAAUAAAAGAUCCCAGAAAUGUUCCAUACACACAAAGAGUGUAUUUCUCUCAACUUUUGUGCACAAAUUUGUUUACAUCCCUGUUAGUAAGCAUUUCUCCUUUGCUAAAAUAAUCCAUCCACCUGACAGGUGUGGCAUAUCAAGAAGCUGAUUAAACCGUAUGAUCAAUACACAGGUGCACCUUGUGCUGGGGACAAUAAAAGGCCACUCUCAAAUGUGCAGUUUUGUCACACAAAACAAUGCCACAGAUGUCUCAAGUUUUGAGGGAGCGUGCAUUUGGCAUGCUGACUGCAGGAAUGUCCACCAGAGCUGUUGCCAGAGAAUUGAAUGUUCAUUUCUCUACCAUAAGCCACCUCCAACAUUGUUUUAGAGAAUUUGGCAGUACAUCCAACCGGUUUUCUGAUGUCAACGUUGUGAAAAGAGUGCCACAUGGUGGUGUUGGGGUCAUGGUAUGGGCAGGCAUAAGCUAUGGACAAUGAACACAAUUGCAUUUUAUCGAUGGCAAUUUGAAUGCACAAUAAUACAGUGACUCAAUUUCUUUUAAGGUAUCUGUGACCAACAUAAUGUUUGUUUUUUUGCAAAGCUGCAUAAGACUACAUCAAAUCAUUAAUGAAGAGUAUAAAAACAUAUGCAAUACAAUUACUGUUAAUGUCAUGCAUAUAAAGGCUUUAUGAAUGCUACAUAUCACCACUCUAAGUAAAGUGUUACUAUUUAUUGUCAUUAUGUGUAGGUUAUGAACCAGACAUCAAGACUUGAGAUCAAGUUGUUGGAGAACUCAUUAUCUACAAACAAACUGGAAAAGGAAUUAUUGGUACAGACUUCUAAAAUCACUAAACUGCAAGACAAGAACAGGUACAGUAUAACAUUUUGAUAUCUGCAUAAGUUUGAUAUUUUCUCAUUAAGACUUGUGGUACAGUCUCAACUAAAAUAGCUGUUACAUAUUUCUGCAGCUUUGAGCUGAAUUUUUUUGUUGUUGAAAAGACAUUUCAGUGCAAGCGCUUAAUAUAAACGACUUAGGUUUCACAACCUAAAAGUAUGAUUAUAUGAAAUACAAGCGCUCGUAAAAGACGAGCUGCUGCGAGAAACAACCAUAUUUGAAACCACAACAUUAUUCCCGUACUGAGGAAUCUUGGACAGUGCACGUUGCAGUAAAAUGUAAUGAGAAAUAAUCAAAAUAAUGCUUUAUAACUACAAUAUAAACAAAACUCUCAAAAAUAAACCCCUGGCAAAACUGUACAGUUUUCAUUGAGAAAUGCGACAGAUAGAUUUCCCAUAAAAGUUCUAGAUGUAACAGAUAGACUGAUGUCAUUUGUCUUAUAUGAGAACAUGGGGCUCACAGCUGAAUCUUGUGUUGCACUCUGUUUCUGUUACACAGCAGUCCAUAUGGGGUAUCGUAGACAAAUAUAAUGGGCCACUACAUCAUAGGGAAAUUGACUCUAUAAGGGGAUCCUUUCUCAGCUUCUUGAUCACCAUUACAACUGAACUGGUGCCCAUAAUCAACAGCAGCAGGCCACAGCAACAUAAUAAUAAUAAUAAUAAUAUAAUAUGCCAUUUAGCAGACGCUUUUAUCCAAAGCGACUUACAGUCAUGCGUGCAUACAUUUUUGUGUAUGGGUGGUCCCGGUGAUCGAACCCACUACCUUGGCGUUACAAGCGCCGUGCUCUACCAGCUGAGCUACAGAGGACCACACAACAUAAAAAUAAUUCAUUGCUCAUAAGUUUGCAUUAGGAAUAAUCAUCAUUUUCACAAUUCAUGUUGCUUUUUCAAUGGUCAUCAUGUUGAAUUGAUAAUUUAGCACAAAUGUAGUUUGGCUCUGACAUCCACUACAGUAAAGGAAUGACAUCAUACAUAUAUACGAUAUGCUGUAUAGGAUAAUGAUACAAUGGGUUAAAGUCUAUGUGCCUCAACUCAGAUCUCACUGGGCCAAUGUAAGGGUUUUGUCACUUAGUGUUGCUAUGACUAUUAUUUACAUGGUUUUUGGUAUUUACAUCGUUUUUAAAUUGUUACGGUGUAAUUACAGUGAAUGUACAAAUUGUUACAACUAUGAUAUCUGUGUGCAGUUUCAACCAAACUCAUCAUUUACCCUGCUAGGAUCUUACCCUUGUUUGAGAUCUUUUCAUAUAUGUGUAACGUCAAUGUGAUGUCUAUGUAUAAAUGUCAAGGUGCAACAGAUUUACUGAACUUUGCAUAUAGUUACAUUAUGCCUGCCCAUGUAAAUACAUUGUUUUAGCAGCACAAUUCAAGGUCAGUCGGGUUUCACUCCAACAGCAGUUGUGAAAGUUGUAAUUGAAGCAGGUUAAAUCUUUGUAAAACCACUGACAUACACUUACAUUUUACCUGUCUGUUUCAUCCACUCUUUGAGCUAAAGUUUCAGUGCUGUUCACCUAGUCCUAUGAUCACUUUGCUAUCCUCUCAUCAGGUUAAAUACAUUUGGCUUGUUUCAGUGUUUAAUCAACCAGAGUCCACAUCUAUGUUCAGCUACUACCCUACAGCAUGGGUUUAACUACUCGAUGGUUAGUGAUUUUCUGGAGUUACUUACAGUGCAGUGAAAGUCAAUUAAUUAGCUUGGUUGUCAAGAGACUACGGGGCCUUUUCAAAUACUUAUUCUUCCUUCUAUCGUUCUGGUUAUCACCUUAAAUGUGGUUAUUCUGGUAAAGCAAGGGUUCUAGCUUACUUACACCAACACUGUAGGUGAAUGAUUAAUCAAAGUAGAGCAGGUACAGUAGGGAGGUAGAAUGCUUUUUCAAAGUGCACAGCAUAUUGUUGCAAGUCAAUGCAAAUAGUCUGGGUAGUCAUGAUUAGCUGUUCAGGAGUCUUAUGGCUUGGGUGUAGAAGCUGUUAAGAAGCCUUUUUUGGACCUAGACUUGGCGCACCGGUACCGCUUGCCGUGCGGUAGCAGAGAGAACAGUCUAUGACUAGGGUGGCUGGAGUCUUUGACAAUUUUGAGGGCCUUCCUCUGACACCGCCUGGUAUAGAGGUCCUGGAUGGCAGGAAGCUUGGCCCCAGUGAUGUACUGGGCCGUACGCACUACCCUCUGUAGUGCUUUGCGGUCAGAGGCCGAGCAGUUGCCAUACCAGGCAGUGAUGCAACCAGUCAGGAUGCUCUCAAGAUAGGAAUACCACGAAAAAUACUUUUUCAACUAUCUUCUCAGUCAUUUGGAGAAUAAGGUGCACGUGUUGGAGUCGCAGCAGCGGGAUGAGCUGGAGGACAUGAGGGAGGAGAAGAAUAGGCUACAAGCAUUGGUGAGGACCCAGACGACAGCCAUCGAGGCUCUACAGAGACAGCUGAGGGUGGCCAGCACCAACAACUCAGCCCUGCAAAGGCAGCAGCAGCAGCUCAUGGAGUCGGUCCACACGCUCAUCAACAUGGUGUCUACCGGUACAGGUAGGAACACAUUCAGAAGCUCAGGUUUUGUCAAAUGCAGUUGCUUUCUGAUAAGUGCACACUCGGCUGAAGAGAUCAGAGAGUCAAACAUCCUUUUGUUAUUUUAAUUGGUUUUUCGACAGGACAGUAUGAAGUUAGGGGAACAGACAAUAAAGCUGGAAUGACGGGAAAGAAGGCCACGGGAGUAGAGUGUUAUAACUCAACCAGAUUCCGGCACUCUGUUGAAGUGUCAAUUCAAAUCCAAUACACUCCAGUGUCUAACUCCAGAUAGAUAGAAUGUUCAUAAUGUCGUUUCGACAACUGUCUACAGACAGACAGUCGAUAGACAUGCUGUGAACCAACCAUUAGUGCACACAUUGAAGACAAUGCAAAGAUCAAACAUGAUCAAACAUCAACACCUAGGUCCCUUCUGGAGAAAUAUAAUCCACUGAUGGAUCAGAGCCAGUUCCUCUCUAGAGUCACAUCUUAAGGCUGGGUUGGAGCUAAAGACGUGGCUUGUUUGUUUGAUAGGUCAACAAGAAAAUGUAAAGACUUUGGGUGGGCCACAAUGCGUACAAGUUUGGGAACCAUUGCACAUUGAUAAAUUCAGAUAAACAUUCUGGAAAAAUGGGUGCGGAGAUCAUAGGUGUUGUGCGGUCUUAAUGACAUCCAGUCAUUAAUGAUACAGAGAGAGAGAGAGGAGAUGGUUGGGAGCUGUCUUCAUUAUGUUUUUGGCUGUGUUGAGUCAAGUCUUGGAUUCACUUCACAUGCUUCAGAACCACACACUUCGAUAACUCCCAUUUGAACUUCCAAAUCGACAUCUUGCCUGAGUAGGACGUCAGCAUCUGUUUAUGGAGACAUUCCCAACUCAAAUGAGACUGCUUUCGAUUAUCGUCAUAGGAUGGAGAUAAACCACUCAGAGACAGUGGAAACACAGGAUCACUCAAAGAGAGGAAUCCAACGAACCAUACCUCAAAGGCAUAAACCUGAGAAAACAAUGCUAUGUCAAAGUGUACAUUUAUGUUUAUGAACUGUAAGUGAUACCAUUAAUGCGAUUUAUUGGAUAGGCCUAGUUUUAGUACAUAAACACUGAUAAGGUGUUGUACAUCAAAAUGUUUGUCUACCCUUUGUAGAUUUGAAACAGAACAGUUAUUUGAGGCUUUGUUUCAAAAUGUGUGUGUGUGUGUGUGCAGGGACAUUGCUGAGGGACCAGAGGUUUUGGGAUUGUGCAGAAGCCUAUAAAGCAGGACACAACAUCAGUGGAGUCUACUACAUAUUCAUUGGUAACAUGACAGAACCCACCCAGGUGAAUAAAUAGCACUGUCAUCAUCCUCACGAUCCAUACUGAGUAUACUGCAUGUUUCAAUCCAACUCUUAAGUUGUCAACUUUCUCUUGUCAAGUUUUUCCAAGCACAGCUGAUAAAUCAACGUUUUCUGAGUGGUGCCUCUAUCGUUGCUGAGUGCAACAACUAGAUUUUAGUUAUUGUUUCACCAGGUGUUUUGUGACAUGGAGACUAGUGGAGGAGGCUGGACAUUGUUCCAGCGCAGGGUCAACGGCAGUGUGGACUUCCAGAGAACAUGGAAGGAAUACAAAAUGGUGGGUACUCCUGGCAUCAUCCAUCUUUGGAAUGUACAGCUGAUGUAUGGGAUGUUACUGUACUGGAUCUGCCUGUGUUGUUAGAUUUGUUGUGCAGGUGCUGAGAAUAAUGUUCUUGUCCCAAUAAAGCCCUGUGUAAAAUGUUUUCCCAUUCAUCCAUUGGAUAGCUUGGACACCUAUUCAUCCAUUGGCAGACCAGUUCAGAUGCCAAGAGCUGAGAAAACAUCAAACAUGGACUACUUGAACUUAAAAUACAGAUGUAAGAUGACUCUUGCCCUUGUGUAAUGGUGUGAUCAUCAGAUGUUUGUCUGUAGGGUUUCGGGGACCCUGCGGGAGAGCACUGGCUUGGGAACGAGCUGGUGUUUCAGAUGACGAGUCAGACCCAGUACGCCCUGAGAGUGGAGCUGAGAGACUGGGAGGGGAACACACCCUACUCCCACUACGACAAGUUCCAACUGGCCAGUGAGAAACAACAAUAUAGGUACUCUACCUUAUGACUUCACCAUAUCCAUACUGAAAACUUAGCUCUUUCUAAAAGUAUUUUUCAUGGCUGAACACUAUUUUUAAUUGUCCUGUGCAUAGCCGUGGGAAGUAGGGGUUCUGAGGGUGCUAUAUAGUUUUCACAAAAGUAGUGCACUGGGCUUUUACUAGUAUUAGUGGACCGAUAGAACAGUAUCUUGCAGGAUUCAAUAGUUGGAAUUGUAAAUGUUGUUGCCCUGUCCCUUUCUCUGCGAUUGUCAUUCUAAUGGAAUCCAGAAAGAACAAAACCCUGUCCUCAAACACAUCAAAAGGUACAAAGUUAUGGGCAUUGACACAAAACAUCCACAUCAAAUUAAAAACAUGUAUUGAUCAAACAACAUGGGAAAAAAACACUUUUUGUGCAGUAUUAAUUUACCAUCCUUACAAACCACUUAACGUAAAUGUACGUUACUGUAUUGUACAUAGGCUGGUCAUCUAGGUUUGUACCUGUAGACUUUCCAUCACCAUGAAGAAAAACAAUGCACACUACAGUAAUUGAGUACAUUGAGACAUCAAGUGGUUUUGAUGAUGAGAUGAUGUGGCUCAGUUGGUAGAGCAUGACGCUUGCAAUGCUAGGGUUGUGGGGGUUUUUUCCCAUGGGGGACCAGUACGAAAAUGUAUGCACUCACUACUGUAAGUUGCUCUGAAUAAGAGCGUCUACUAAAAUGGAAAGGGAAUGAAUAGACCAUUUCAGUUUUCACAGAGAAAUAAGUUGCAUUUUCAAAGUACUGGAAAACAUACACUACUGGUCAAAAGUUUUAGAACACCUACUCAUUUAAGGGUUUUUCUUUAUUUUUACUAUUUUCUACCUUAUAGAAUAAUAGUGAAGACAUCAAAACUAUGAAAUAACACAUAUGGAAUCAUGUAGUAACCAAAAAAGUGUUAAACAAAUCAAAAUAUAUUUUAUAUUUGAGAUUCUUCAAAUAGCCACCCUUUGCCUUGAUGACAGCUUUGCACACUCUUGGCAUUCUCUCAACCAGCUUCAUGAGGUAGUCACCUGGAAUGCAUUUCAAUUAACAGGUGUGCCUUCUUAAAAGUUAAUUUGUAGAAUAUCUUUCCUUCUUAAUGCAUUUGAGCCAAUCAGUUGUGUUGAGACAAGGUAGGGGGGUAUACAGAAGAUAGCCCUAUUUGGUAAAAGACCAAGUCCAUAUUAUGGCAAGAACAGCUCAAAUAAGCAAAGAGAAACGACAGUCCAUCAUUACUUUAAGACAUGAAGGUCAGUCAAUACGGAUCAUUCUCAAGCUACAAAUGCUGGUAAACACUCAAAUAUAUUUGGUUGAAAUGUUUUCACAAAAGUAGUGGCUUAUGUCUUUAGUGGUCGUGUAUUAGCGGACCAAUAUAGACGUUUUUCUUCCUGCAUCCCCCCUGGAAAAAAAUCGCAGGACCCCCCACUCCCAAACUACUUCCUGCGGCUGUGGUCCUACAAGACGCAUGGUAAGGACUUGAUCCAACUGGCUGACUGGUGAAGUGGCAUGCAAAGCCUUGAAGUUUGUCUGCUUCACUUUGUUUGAGGUCAGGGGUUUGUGAUGAGGUGUGUGGUGACAAAUGCCUGAACCCCGAGUAACACUGAGUCACAAUGUCGAUGUGGUCAUUUCUUUUAUCCGACUCAAUGGACCACAACAAAUAAAGCAUGUAAGCCAGAGCUAGGCUGCCAGUAUAGAAAAAAAGUCUACAGUGUUCCCCUUUUGCUUCAACUUUCCUCACAAUAUUAUCUCAUAGCUAUUUUCUUGUAUGGAAUGAAUUCAAAAUGUGAUUUUGGCAUCAGAAAUCCAUCAGUCCCAGACAAGCUGAUUUUCCCAUCUGCAGGCUGUUCCUGUGGGGCUACAGUGGAACAGCAGGAGAGCAGAGCAGCCUGGCAGCGCAUGGCUCCAGCUUCAGCACCCGCGACGCUGACAACGACAACUGCCUGUGCAAGUGUGCCCUCAUGCUGACGGGGGGUAAGGGUUAGAACUUCUCCUCCAUGAGGGAAUUUAGGGCUUUAUGUGAUGUGACAUGCAAGCAGUAACCCCUUUUCAUACAGCUAGCUGACUUGAGGCAUGCUGCCAGUAUGACUUCUCACUCUGGCAAAUUAAUAACAUAGCUAUCGUGGCAUAAAUAUAUACACAUGUUUUUGUUUUCAGCAAAGUACGUGGGUGUCAAGAUGUCAUAACAUGCCAUCAGUUUUUUAUGACGUGUUGUGACACGUAUUAUGUUGACCUUGCAGCAGUGUUAUGACAAGAAAAACACAGUAUAAGCUCAAGUAAAGUUAAUCAUUUUCAUUGUUAAGUACCUUGGUGUCACAUAUACAAUGGGCUCUGAAAUUAUUGACACCCUUGAUAAAGAUUAGCAAAAAUUACUGUGUAUAAUAAAUAAUUCAAAUACUGAGCUAUAUUGUAUGAAAAAAAUGGGAAAUUAUAUUAUUUUAUACUAAUACAAUUCCUCAGAAAAAUAGAUUUAGUUUACCAAGCAAUAUAUUUUUUUCUCAAAAAGGUAGGGGACAAGAAUAUUGACACCCCUAUUUUCAAUACCUUUCAAUACCUCACCUGGUGAGGAUAAUGGCAGUGAGCCUUUUUCUAAAAUGUUUUAUCAUAUUGGAGAACACAUUGGGAGUGAUAUUAGACUAUUCAUCCAUACAUAAUUGUUCCAGAUCCUUGAUAUUCUUUGUCUGCGCUUAUGGACUGCCCUCUUCAAUUCAAACCACAGGUUUUCAAUGGCAUUCAAGUCCGGAGACAUAGAUGGCCAUUGCAAAAUGUUGAUUUUGUUGUCAAUUAACCAUUUCUUUGUGGAUUUUGAUGUGUGCUUGGGGUUAUUGUCUUGCUGGAAGAUCCACUUGCGGCCAAGUUUCAGCCUCCUGGCAGAGGCAACCAGGCUUUUUAAAGUUCAUGAUUCCGUUGACCUUAACAAGGGCCCAAGGAUCAGAGGAAGCAAAAUAGCCCCAUAACAUCAAAGAUCCACCACCAUAUUUUACAGUAGGUAUGGGGUUCUUUUCUGCAUAUGAUUCCUCUUUUCAACGCCAAUCCCACCACUUGUGUGCAUGGCCAAAGAACUCUAUUUUCAUGUCAUCCAACAAAUGUAAACGCCUGGAGUUUGCUAAACGGCAUUGGCACUUGGAUUGGAACCGGUGCUAUGGUAAGAUGGCAUGAAAAUAGAGCUCUUUUGGCCCAAUGUAUUCUCCAAUCUCAUAAAAAAGGUUCAGUGCCGUUAUCCUCGCCAGGUUAGUUAUUGAAAGUUAUUAUAGAAAACAGGGGUGUUAAUUUUAACCCCUACAUUUUUUGUAUAUAUAUUUUUUACUUAGUUAGCAUAAAAUAAUAUAUUUCUUAAUUUUAUUGAGAGUACAUUUCUGCUCAUCUUUAUCAAGGGUGUCAAUAAUUUCGGACCCACUGUAAAUACCUACAUACAAAAAAGAAAAAAUGUGUUUGUAUAUUAUUAUUUUGUUUGUGGUACUAUAGUAUUGGUCAAAUACUGAUUGAAAGGGUUACAGAUCAUUGUAUUUUACUCUGAGAUUCCUGAGCUUUUUGUGUAACACCCUGAUAAACCUAUUGUACUCCCUACAUCAGUUUCAAUCUGAAUGGCUUACUCUCUUCUUGACUCUCCCAACUGGGUACAUAUGUCAUUUCAAUGUCUAGUUUUGAUUUAAUUUGGGUUGAGUUGUCAACUAAAGUCAAUUCAAUGUGAAAUCAACCAAAAGGUUCACCCUGUCAUUGGAUUUAGGUUCAAAGUUGGGUGAAAAAAAUCUGAAGUUCUAAUACGUUGAUGAAUUAUUGCAAAUCCAAUCAGUUUUCCACGUUGAUUCAACAUCAUCCCAUAUAAAAAAAUAUAUAAAAAAGGACAUGGAAACAACGUUGAUUCAAUCCGUUUUUGCCUAUUGGGUCUUGACUCUAGGCACAGAGCUAAAGACAACAAGACAAGGCAUUAACGCAAUUUCUGUGAUCUUCACCAGAUACAAGCAUUCCAGCUCCUAUCUCCUAAGUGCUAUGUAAAACACAUCACGCCUCAAACCAUUCCCUCAGUCAUACAUAGUCCCCAAUCAAGUCUAUUUAUUCUACAGCUGAGGAGAGAGGGAAACUCCCAGAUAAAUAGCUUUUUAAUACUAAAACUUUGAUUGAUUAUGAAAGUUGCUUAAGUUAAUCGCUCCAGCACAGCUGGAACCCCUUUCAAAAUGUUUCAAACUGUUUGUAUAGUCAUGCAUAAUCAAACCACUUAUGGAUAGAACCUCUUGACACAUGCCAUCCAAAGCAAACAGAGGUGAAGUGAUAUUAGAUUGAUACGAGAUGAAUUUGCAGUAUCUCUCUGAGGCGCGAGUGUGGUUCUCAUAGCAAGGUCCCUGUUUGCUUUGAAAUGGAAUAAGCACCUUAUGCACAGCAGGUUAGCACACCACUACCACGAGUCAAAACACCACAUUUGCUGAGAGAGAAAGAAUUUGGUUGGAAAAGGGGGAAAAAGGGAUGAAUUGAGGCUAAUGGACUGUGUGAAAAGCUGUUCACAAGUGUCAGUUUCACUUUAAUUGCUGUUACCAUUUUGCUAACGCGAAGACAUAAUUCCCUGAGUCCAUCCUGCUAUAACCCACCCACUCUCUCUGUUCUUUAGGUUGGUGGUUUGACGCUUGUGGCUUGUCCAACCUCAACGGCAUUUACUACACCGUGGGCCACAACAUCCGCAAGCUGAACGGCAUCAAGUGGCAUCACUUUCGGGGACCGAGCUAUUCGCUUCGUUCGACAGUCAUGAUGAUCCGACCAUCCGACUUCUAAGACCGGACAUAGUCAUUUGGAGAGGAGAAGGGCUGCGAAUGGGCAAAGGGACAGCGAUUUCUCAGAGUUCCUUGCCUCCUUGUCUCCAGGACACAGACAAACAAGUGUACAUUUACGUUUUUAAUAACAAACUAUCAAUCAGUCAAUGGAUGACUGGAAGUUAUUUAGUACAAGCGAAAAUGUUGGGAGUCAGCAGAAGAGACCAGACUGAUAGUCUACAUCACCUGGCAGCUUUAUGCAGUGUAGCUCUGGCCUCAGCUCUUUUUAAUAUAUACUAUAAUGUGCCAGAUUCGCAGUCCUCUGAUGUCUUGCUUUACCCCAUUGUACUAGUGAUGUCAACAAUACACCUCUACACAGCUCCCUCACACCCUCAGUCUUUAUUCCAGAACAUUCUGAAGCUGUCAUCAUCAAGACAACAUCAAAUGAAUAUAUAGGAAUGUCUCAUACUAUUUAACAUAAACCACAGAUAAAGACACCAAGACAAGUGAAUAACAACAAGCAAAUAACUUCAGAAGAAAUGGAGGACAUUUCAGUCAGAAUGUGCCAGAAUACUUUAUGAUUGACAAGAUGUGAUAUGGACAGAUCAUACUGUGAGGCCUGCUUCUGUAAUAUUUCAACAUUCCUACUUUUUUUUUAGCAAAAUUGUAUUUGCAAACUGUAAAUGUGAGCUGAGCUUUGACUUAAUUGUUUUGCAUAACUGGAUUGUAUGUUUAAAGUUUGGGUUCAUUGCUCUGCCAUUUUGUGUGAAUCUGUUAAUAUUUCUCUAAGCUUGUUUUUUCUAUUAAGGAUAUCUCUACAGUAACACCUGAGUUAAGCGCGAGUAAAUGGAACGUAGUUCCCUUUAUAUCUACUUUUCUCUCUAUGUGCAUUCUGACCUUGAAUUUAAGCAUG